CAUUCUGCUUGUUUCUGCUGAAUUCAGUGAGUUCUGUUAGCAGCAUUAGUUUUACCAAGCUUAACUGCUGUCAGCUCUUGCAGCCGAAGGCUUCGGCUACUUUAGCUGCUAACGCUAAGCCACGAAUGCCAAACAGAGCUAUGUAGAGAGAAGAACGCAGUUAAUCAAAUUUCCUCCGCAACAGCAGCAUUGGGCUGCCCAAACCCGCUGGUCCCGCGCACCCUCCUGCUCUCCCUCUGUGUCACCUCAGGUGAGGAGCCCAGAGGGACAGCCAGCCCAUGGCUGUGGCCGUGCCCGGCGCCGGCGGCAGCCACGGGUGCAGCGUGAGCAAAGGUCACUGCGCCGCCCCGGCAGCGCAGCAGCGCCGCAGCCGUGCCCUCCCGCCCUGUGGAGUUGGUUCCUCCUUUGCCUAACGCCGGGGCAGGAAGUGUGGGGUGCGAGCUGCGAGCUGAGCCCUGCCGGGGAGCGGGCUGCCGGCCGGCUACGCGGGAAGCACCGACAUGGCCCGGCGGGAGCAGGGCUCGGCUGAGCCAAGGGCAGCUGGCAUUGCCCAGGCAUCCACCUUCCGGGAAGGCACGCGGGCCAAAGCGGGGAGCCUGGCCCGCAUCUCCCAUCUCUGGCCAGCCGCCGCAGGGAGCAGGGAGCGUUUCCAUUCGCUGCAGAGGAUGGACACCAACAGGAGCGUCAGCCAGAGCAGCCAAGGCCUGGGGAGCUGGGGCAGGACUGCAGGCCGGCUCUCUGUUGGCUCCGGCAGUACCCGGAGGAAGGAGCUGAAGGAAAUUCUCCUGCAGAGCAACAGCCCCAGCAGCACCAUGCGGUUUGCCACCGCUCAGAAGACAUCCGAUGUCAGCAGUGUCCUUGCAGGGACACACCAAGAGCAGAAGGCCGAGCAGAGCCCCGAAGUACUGUCCCUUGCCCUGGAUCCCCUGGAGCAUGAAUGGCUGCUGACAGUGGCCCAGGGUGAUGCAGACAACAUCAUCAGGCUGCUGGACCUAGAUCCCAGUCUGCUGAACAGGAAAGACUUUGUGACAGGCUUCACCGCUCUCCACUGGCUUGCCAAGCAUGGCCACUAUGAGAGCUUCAUCCAAGUCAUCUCCCAUGCCCAGAAGAAGGGCUAUCCCAUCAAUGUGAACAUCCCUACGGCCAGCGGUGGCUUCACCCCCUUGCACAUGGCUGCCCUGCAAGGACACGAGCUGCUCAUCAAAGUGCUGGUGGGAGCUUAUGGGGCAGACACCAGCCACAGGGACCACAACGGACGCAAGGCUUGGCAGUACCUGAGUGCAGACACCUCCCAGGAGCUGAAGGAGCUGGCAGGGGCCUUGGAGGAGGACUUGGUUCGGCUGUGCUCUCACAACACCAACAACAACUGUAAGUCAUCCAGCGAGGCCAGGGCAGGGCAGGACUGUGUGGACUCUAGGGCUGAGGGGAAAGCCCAGCGCUCCUGGAGCAUGUCAACCCUCCGGGUCUUUGUUCGACAGGCAUUUACUUUCUUCCAAGAGCGCUAAAGCUCCCCUGGCCCUGUUCUCCUGCAAACCUGCGCUGAAUAGUAGCUGGAAGAGCCUGUGAGGGGCUGGGAACUGGGCGAGGGUUGGCACUUGAAAUCCCAGCCAAGCAGGGAUUGACCUCCUGCAUGAGGGCACUUUGGCCACCUGGGUCUCACGUGGUCUUUCGGGGCUUGUGCAGGUAUUUGUGUGUGUGUGGCAACCAUGGCCAUGGGGAGCACUGCCUGUGUCCAAAGGGGAUUUUUCCCCCACCCCUGCUGAUGGGGAUUCCUUGCCACAGUCCAGCAGAGCCCCACAGUGGGGGCUCACAUGCUGGCAUUGCUGUGGGGAGCUGCUUCUAUGACACCCCGCAUGCCUGUGUGGGGAUGCUGACCCUCCAUGGAAGGUGUCUUGUGCUGGGGUGGAUGGCUGGGUGCCUGUCCCAGGCUGCCGGCAGACUUUGUUUGUGACUGCAGGAAGGUCAUGCAGCGACUUGGUGUCUUUAUUGUCCCACCUAUAACAUGAGGCUGUGUCAUGGUUUA